AUGGAUUUUGACGAGAUCGAGUAUCUGGAGAAGACCGUCGAAGAAGCGGAGGGUGGAGACGGGAGCGCCAAGAAGAGCAAGCGCGAAGGCGCGGAGAAGACCGAGCGGAGUUACAGAAAGCGGGAUACAGCCGACGAGGACGCGACGGCGAGCCGGAAGAGAUCGAGAGGCGGCGACGAUGAGGAGAACGGGAGGGAGAAGGAUCGACACCGCCGCGACAGGGACAGAGAUAGAGAGAAGGACAGAGAUAAGGAGAAGGAGAGGAGAGACAGAGAGAAGGAGAAGGAGAGGAGGGAAAGGAUGGAUAAGGAGCGAGAGGAAGGAAGGGACAAGAGGGAGAGGAGUAGAAGCGAGAGCAAGAGCAGGAGGGACAGAAGCCGAAGCAGGAGCAAGUCAAGGAGGGAAAGAAGCAGGAGUCGGUACAGUGAUCGGGAGAAGGAAGUGCGGGAGAGAGAAAGGGAAGUUGAGCUGCGAGACAGCGGUAGCAGGAGGGUUAAAGACAAGAAAGAAGUUGUGGAGCCUGAAGCUGACCCUGAGAGGGAUCAGAGAACUGUAUUUGCCUAUCAGAUGCCUUUGAAGGCUACGGAGAGAGAUGUGUAUGAGUUCUUCUCCAAGGCAGGCAAGGUGAGGGAUGUUAGGUUGAUAAUGGACAGGAACUCAAGGAGAUCAAAAGGAGUUGGGUAUAUCGAGUUCUAUGACGUGAUGUCUGUUCCAAUGGCAAUAGCUCUUUCUGGCCAGCCACUUUUUGGACAACCUGUGAUGGUGAAACCUUCUGAGGCUGAAAAGAAUCUUGUUCAGUCAAAUGCUACAGGUGCAGCUACUGGCCCCUAUGGACCUGUGGACAGGAAACUAUAUGUCGGCAAUUUGCACUUCAACAUGACAGAAAUGCAGCUGAGACAGCUUUUUGAGCCAUUCGGAACUGUGGAGCUUGUUCAGCUGCCCCUUGACCUUGAAACAGGACAGUGCAAAGGAUUUGGGUUUGUUCAAUUUGCUCAAGUUGAAAGUGCAAAGGAAGCACAGACACAUUUAAAUGGGAAGUUGGAGAUUGCUGGUCGGACCUUGAAGGUUUCCUCUGUCACAGAACAUGGAGGGCAGCAAGAUCCUGGGGCUAAAUCUGCUGACUUUGAUGACGAUGAUGGUGGUGGUUUGUCCUUAAAUGCUCAAUCGAGAGCAAUGCUCAUGCAGAAGCUGGAUCGCUCUGGCAUUGCCACAAGUAUCUCUGGCUCCCUUGGGGUGACUAUGCUUAAUGGCUCUGCUCAAAAUUCACAAACCAUGGCCUUGCAAGUGAACGGUCAUCCCGCACUUGGAGGAGCUCUUCCAGUGCAUGUCCUACCUUCUCCAGCCUAUGAAUCUAUUGGAAACCCCAGUGAGUGCUUACUGUUGAAAAACAUGUUUGAUCCUUCCACCGAGACUGAACCAGAUUUUGAUGUGGACAUAAAGGACGAUGUUGAAGAAGAAUGUUCAAAAUAUGGUCACGUGAAACAUAUAUAUGUUGAGAAGAAUAGUGCAGGGUUUGUGUAUUUACGGUUCGAUACCGUGGAAGCAGCCGCCAGAGCUCAGGCUGCAAUGCAUAUGAGGUGGUUUGCUCGACGAUCAAUCUCAGCAACUUUCAUGCCUCCCCAUGAAUAUGAAGCCAAGUUCCCCAACAGCCACUAG